GUGACCACCGGGGGGAGGCGGAGUUUGGUUGUCACGUUUUGGUGCUACACUGUCACUACACAAAUAAAGUGCUGUUGACAUUGGACUCCUUUUUCAUCGUCGUCGUGCUUGCUUCUUUUGCCUGCAGAUGUGCUUCAAUAGUGGCGGGCUCGGACAAUUUCAUUGUCAAAGAGGAGACGGACGAGGACAGGACACUGACAUAUGAGGCUGAUGUAUGUUGCCGGCGAGGAGACUUCAGUCCUCAGGAGACGUACAGCACCUCCACUCGACCCCCACAAAAGUCCCUUCAUCCUGCAUCCGGGGGUAUGCCUCCUGAACGCGGCCUCAGCAGGGAGAUGCUGACAGGACAGAGACUCUGUCAAUCUAAGUCGCAUCAGGACUCCGUCCUGUCUGCCCUCAACCAGCAGAGGAAAGAUGGUCUUCUGUGUGACGUCACUCUGGUAGCCGGGGAGCAAAAGUUCCAUGCUCACAAAGCCAUUCUGGCAGCAUGCAGUGAUUAUUUCCGGGCCAUGUUCAGCUUGUGCAUGGUGGAGAGUGUGGCUGAUGAAGUGACUCUGCAAGGAGUGACGAGUGUCGGGUUGAAGCAUGCCUUGGACUUCGCCUACACUGGACAGAUUGUACUGGAGCCAACAGUGAUCCAGGAUGUGUUGUCUGCUGGAAGCCACCUUCAGCUGCUGGAACUCCUCAGCAUCUGCUCCCACUACCUCAUCCAGGAAUUGAACACUGUUAACUACUUGGAGCUGUACCGUGUGGCCGAUCUCUUUCACCUUCCUUCCUUGGAGGAGGCUGUGGUGGGCUUCUUGGUUGGUCACCUGUCUGAGCUGAGCCAGACACGGCAGGAGGACGUCCUGCAGCUGCCGUUCCGCCUUCUCAAGGAGGUCCUCAAGAGCGACCGUCUCACCUCGCUGAGUGAAGAAGAGAUAUGGAAGUUUGUUGUCAUGUGGUUGGAACACGACUGCCGGUACCAGUACACUGAGGAUCUUCUGCAACAUAUCCGCUAUGGCCUGAUGGACGUCUCAACUCUGCACCACCUAGCCUGUAGCCACCCCCUGGUGCAGUCCAGUUCCACUGUUGCUGCUCUGAUAGAUGAAGCCCUGGACUAUCACCAUAGCACCUUUGCACAGCCCCUUCACCAGUCAGCCCGCACCAGGCCUCGUUUCCAGUCACUCACCCUCUACAUAGCCGGGGGAAGAAAGCGUGAGGUGUGCAGAGUCCGGGAGCUACGUUAUUUCAAUCCGGCUGGGCAGGAGCACGUCCGUGUGGCAGGGGGCUCGAAUUGGAGCGAGUUGGCACCCAUGCCUACUGGGCGCAGCCACCACUGUGUGUCUGUAAUGGGGAACUUUCUCUUUGUUGUGGGGGGGGAGAUGGAGCACACCAGUGGGAGGACAUGUGCAGUUAGAACCGCUUGUCGAUAUGACCCCAGGACAAACCGCUGGACUGAGAUAGCCUCCAUGAAGGCUUGUAGAGAACAUUUUGUACUGGGAGCUUUGGGUCAGUACCUGUACGCAGUGGGUGGCAGGAACGAGCUGAGGCAGGUGCUUCCCUCAGUAGAGCGCUACUGUCCGAAGAAGAAUAAGUGGAUGUAUGUGCAGCCUUUCGACCGAUCGCUUUCAUGCCACGCAGGCUGUGUGGCUGAAAACCUGCUCUGGGUCUCAGGUGGGGUGACAAACACAGCUCAGUACCAGAAUCGACUGAUGGUGUAUGAGCCGGAACAGGACCAGUGGUUAGCACGCAGUCCAAUGUUGCAGAGGCGUGUCUACCACGUGAUGGCUGCGGUGAGAAGGAAGCUUUACGUGCUUGGUGGGAAUGACCUGGACUACAAUAACGACCGAGUUCUGGUGCGCCACAUCGACUCCUACAAUCUGGACAUGGACCAGUGGACCCGCUGCUCCUUCAGCCUCCUCACAGGUCAGAAUGAAUCUGGAGUAGCGGUCCACGAUGACAGGAUCUAUGUGGUUGGAGGGUACUCGAUUUGGACCAAUGAGCCUUUGGCAUGCAUUCAGGUGCUGGAUCUGAGUCGGGUGGGAAAAGAGGAAGUUUUCUAUGGGCCAACGUUGCCGUUUGGCUCAAAUGGGAUAGCAACUUGUUUCCUCCCUGCUCCAUAUUUCACAUGCCCUAACCUUCAGACACUCCAAGUACCCCAACACAGGAUUGCUUCCGUUUGAAACUCAGCAAAUGCAGGACUGAUAAACAACCAUACAUUUGACAGUCAGUAUUUGAAAAUGUGAUUUGAAAGGAAAAAAAAUUAAGAUAGAAUUUACUCGUAUUCACACGAGAUUAACUCUCCUGACAAGACUUGCUGCUGUACUAUCCCACACCCAUUGUGUUUCCCUGAAAUGCAAACCAGCCAUCCUGGUGUCUAGUCAUUAAAAAA